GGUCAGUUUCUUUAAAAAAAAAAAAAUUACUAUUCACGGGUACUGUUCACGUCCCAAAAAAAAAAAAAACAAAAAAUCUCGUCUUUUUUCCUGCUGCCGCUGCUGCUCAUAAAUAAAAAAAAAAUUGUGGUGUUACACAAAUCCCAAACCCUAGCAUUUAAGUCCAUUUAGCCCAACUAACCCAGCCUACUCUCUACGACCCAGGCCCACUCCCCAAACACUAACCCCAGCUGGCCUAUCUCUAUAACAGGAUCCAAACCCCUUCCUAGCUGGCCCAGUCCCAAAUAUCCAACCAAGCCCGAUUAUAACAAAUCCAUUAACAUCAAAUACCCCACAAUUUCACCCGAUUCCUCUCUCAUAGCCACUCUCUUGCCGCUGCCGCCUCUAAUCACCAUCACGCCACCAUUUCAUUAUCUAUUGUACCCAAGCAUCCAGAGCACUACCGCUUCAUCGCCAUAGGCCACCACCACCAAUCCAAGAUCAUACACUUCCACCACAAUUACCACACUCGUAUAUUUCCUCAUCCAUCUCAACAAUCUAAAGUCACGGUCACCACACAUAGUUUUACGUCCACACUAGAAUCAGCACAAGUUAUAGUCAACAGGGGCUAAAACCAUUGGACACGAAGGGAAGAACAGAAGCAUAGUUGGGGCUCAUAAGUCGGCAAUUCAGAUCAAUCGGCAUACAAAUAAUCAAAACUAAACAACAAGGAGUCCUUGAUCUCUAUUUUGUAUUGAUUUAUACUACUGCUUCAUUUUUAAAAUUGCAUCAAUUAAAAUCUUGUGCUGCUGUUAUCGUGAUAAUUUUAGCCUUAAACCCUACUUGAUCGAAACCAUUAAUCGAAUUGAUACCAGUGACUGAAUUGACUUCCAUUGUUCCCCACUUAAAUUGAUUGGAGAAUUUGACUAGUGUGUUGACCCUUGCUUUGCCAUUUUAUAUGUACCAGCAGUAUUAGCUUGUUUUGGAUUUAAUUAAUCUCAAUAUUUAAAAUUAAAUAAUAAUAAAAAAAUUUGGUACAAGUUAUUUUCCAUUGCUUGCACGUAUUGUUCACUGAUCUCAUCAUAACACAUCAUUUAACUGGUAUUACAUUGCAUGUAGUUGCGUAGAGGUCGUCUUGUCGUCUCUAUUUCCAAUACAUUGACCAUGGAUCCAUCCUAAUUUGAUGCACUCACUAAACAAUUAGCGCAACUUGCCACUAGCCUAUCGACUGUCCAAUCAAAUAUAACUGCUAUUUGUGAGGAGAGAAAGACCCUAGCUGCUAAGUUGAACAAUUUUAAGCGAACCCCUCGUUUGACUAAUACUAAUUUUGAAGCGUCUCAUAAUAGACAAUAUCAUCGUGAACAAAGUGAUCAAGAAUAUUUUCGACGCGAUCAUAGGAAUAGGGAUCAGGUUCGUGAGCGAGAACAAGGUCAUGGUCAUCAUGGUACUCAUUCUCUUCCUCGUCGUAAGGAGCAUUUCUUUGAAGGCAUUGACUUAGAUAUUCCUACUUUCGAAGGUUACUUAGAUCAUGAAAUUUUUACCCAAUGAAACACCCUUACACAAGAGAAUCGGUUAGUAACUGAGUACAUUGCUCAAUUUGAGGAAUUUCGAGUGAAAUGUCAUGUCGUUGAAGAUGAGGCCCUGACUUUAAGUAGGUUUAUACAAGGUCUACGAGAUGAACUUAGGCGUGAGCUUUUCCUUCGAGGCAUCACUACUUUUGAUCAAGCUUACUCUUCAGCUCGGGACUACAAGUUACUUAUUAGUAUUGCAUAUGAAAAGCGUGAUCACCAUCGUUCACCCAUCUCAUUAGCGUCAUUUCAUCAUAAAUCUAUCAUAGAGCAUUCCCAGUCUAGUGUUCCUUCCCUUAGGAAAAACAAGUGUAAAGGUCGUGAUAGCCCAAAGUCAUCUUCUUUAUGUAGAAAGCGUAACGACAAUCAUCCUUCGGUUUCAUUGGCUUCCCUUCCUCUUGUUAAGUCCCUUCUAGGACUUCCCCCGUCUAGUGUUCCUCCCAUUUGAAAAAAAAAGUGUAAAGGUCGUAAUAGUCCAAGGCCCCCUUAUCCUUACAGAAGGCGUAUUGACAACCAUUCUUCCGUCUCAUUGGCUCCACCUCCAACUGUUAAGUCUCUUCUAGGACCUCCCCCUUCUAAUGUUCCUCAAAUCUUGAAAAAUAAGUGUAAAAUUUUUGAAACUCCAGGGACUUCUUCUCACCUGCUAUGCAUCAGCUGUAAGGACUUUGGCCACAUCUCUUCCAAAUGUCCUAACCGAGCCUUAGUCAUAGAAGAACGAAAUGAUGUAAUAGAAGAGUCGUUAGAAGAUCUAGUCUAUGAGUAUAAACUUGAAAAUUUUGAUGACUUGAAUGAUUGUGAGGACACUUCCUUAAGUGGAAUCCCGACCCUUCUCGAGACUUUAGAAACUAUACCCCUUGUUUCCGACAACUCUUGAUCACAUGUUAUAUGUCAUACCCUUACCCAACUCAAAGAGUUUGAUGAUUUCACUAGUCACUCUUGGAGAAUCUAGUCGCCUGUUCUUAGCACUAAAUCGAAAUUCUCCACUACUGACCAACCUCAAACUGAUGGUCAAAACGAAAUUGCUAACCGAAGUCUUGGCAAUUUAUUACAGUCUCUAGUCCAGAAAAAUCUUGGGAAUUGGGACUCGAUCCCCCCAACUGUUCACACCGCAUAUAACAAUUCUAUGAAUCGGUCUCUAGAUUUAAAUCCAUUUGAAGUUGUUCAUAGUUAUAAGUCUAGGCGAUCGUUAGAUCUUAUUCCCAUGUCCCCGCAUGCUAGUGUGUCGUUGUCAGCUGAAGCAUUUGUAUAUCAUCUUCAUGAUUUGCAUAUUGAGAUCAAUAAACAACAUGACGCAAGUAAUGCAUUAUAUAAACUUCAAGCUGAUUCGCAUAAACGAUAUUUUGAAUUUAAUAUUGGGGAUUAUGUCAUAUUGCAAGCUUGUAGUGCUGGUCCUUUAAAAAUUUUAAAGCAUGUUGGUUCAAAUGCACAUGUUAUUGCCCUUUCAUCACAUUUUGGCUACCACUCCGCUUUAAAUAUUGAGGACUUCAUUACUUACAAACACCGUAUUACUUUCUUUGACGAUCCAUUUCUACCUAACUUUGUGGACCCCCAAUUUGACUAUAUUGAUAUUUCUACUUUAAUACCAUCUAUCACAGCACACAAAGAUAAAAUUGAUGUUAUUUUAGAUGAACGUGUUGUAUUGAUCAAUGAUGACAAAAUUCAGUACUUCCUUGUUUGUUGGGUAGAUCGACGUGCUUCUUAUGCUCCUCAUUAUGUACAAUCAUGUGAAAAUUUUGAAGAUGAGGUCCAUGAGUAUUGGUUAUUUGGAGUCCAAUAUCAGUACUUGGCUAGAAGGAAAGAUCGCCCCCUUGGUCAGAUCAUAUUCUUGGGACUAAGCUACAAUUUUCAGUACUAUCAAUCAUGGAAUUUCGUUAUUUGGUUCGUCAGAAAAAUCGUCCCCCAUAGCUUAACUUGAAGCAUUUGGAGUAUCAUAUUGACUGCAGCCAAUACUAUCUAUCAACUCGACAGGGUCGAGUUUUUCUCCCACCCCGGGAGAGUUGAUGAGGACAUCGAACGAUGUUUACUUAUUUUAUUUAAGCUUUAUUUAUUUUCUUGGACUAUUAUUUAAAUUUGGACUUGUAUGUGCUCGGGCCCAAGCUCGUUAGGAUUGCUUUACUAUUUAAACCUAUUUUGCAUUGUAAUUUUCAGUUGAUGAUGAAUGAAUAAUUAUUUUGAUGACUUAUGGCGUAUCCCUCCCCUUAUUCUACCAUCUUCUG